UUUUUGAUUAUUUAUAUAGACGUUCAAUUGAUCGGUUGAUUGGUUGAUCGGUGACUAAUCAAGGCUCUCUAAGUGGAUCGGAAUACCUGAAUAUGUUGACGUGGGAGCUAUGGGGUGCAUUGCUGCUUGUGUUGUGGUUCUAUUUCUUGUGGACGCGUCGCAGAUUCUAUCUGCUCACACUUAAGAUUCCAGGCCCACUCGGCUAUCCAAUAAUUGGCAUGGCUCAUAGGCUGAUUCGCAGAGAAAAUGUGCUGAAUGCAAUUGGAUUCUAUUUGGAUAAGCACGGUCCGACAAUAUUUUCAUGGCUGGGUCCAAUUCCAUUUUUGAUUGUGUCCGAUCCACAAACCAUACAGGAUAUAUUUACAUCACCGCAGUGUGUCAACAAGGGCAUUAUUUACAAGGCAGUCGAUGAUGGAGCUGGCUUAGGUCUUUUUAGUUUGACAGAUCCGCGUUGGAGUAUGCAUCGCAAGCUGUUGAAUCCCACCUUUGGACACAAAGUCCUGCUCAGUUUUCUGCCCAUUUUCAAUAACGAGACUGGAGCUCUACUUAAGAAGAUGGAUACAUUGGUUGAUAAUGGCGAAAAAGAUUUGAUACCUCUACUACAAGCCUUUACCAUAGGCAUAGCAACGCAAACCACGAUGGGCAGCGAUGUGAAAGUUGUUUCGGAUAUUAAUAACAAUCAGCUUCUGGAGGAUUACCAAUGUAUUUUGGAAACCAUGACAGAUAUGUGCUUUUCACCAUGGCUUAGUUCUCGAACAAUACGCCAACUAUUUGGCAAGGAAAAGCGUUACGCGAGUUCCAAGGCAAGAAUAAAAGGCUUUAUACGAAAGCUAAUUGAAAGAAAACUGGCUAGGGAUGCAGAGGUCGCGGAUACUGGUAAUCAGUUGCCUUCUGACAAAAACAUAUUUUUAAAUCUAGCUACGGAUCUGUUGAAACGCGGAAUUUUCACCUGGAAAAAUGUGGAAGAUGAAUCGAGUGUUAUUGUUUUUGGUGCCUUUGAAACAACAGCUAAUACAGUUGCCUACACUUUAAUGCUGCUCGCGAUGUUUCCCAUGUACCAGGAGAAGGCAUUUGAAGAGAUUCUCAGCUUGUUUCCCGACUCAGGAGACUUUGAAGUAACUUAUAAAGAUACACAGCAAAUGGUCUAUCUGGAUCUUAUUAUAAAUGAAUCAAUGAGAGUAAUGCCGCCUGUGCCGAUAGUAUCUCGGCAAACGUCGGAGGAUGUAUUGCUAUCAAGUGGAGUUGUUGUUCCAAAAGGCGUUCAAAUUGCAAUUAAUAUUUUUUACUUGCACCGCAGUAAGCAAAUUUGGGGAGACGAUGCGGAAACAUUCAAUCCGGAACACUUUUUACCCCAUAAUUUGCAAAGUAAGCAUCCCUACGCUUACAUUCCUUUUACAAAAGGCAUUCGAAACUGCAUAGGCUGGAGAUAUGCUUUAAUAUCGGCAAAAGUUACAUUGGCCAAAUUGUUGAGAAACUUCAAAUUCUCAACUAGCUUUAAAUUUGAAGAUCUUUAUUUUGUUGAAGAUAUAACUAUAAAACUUAAGACAGUGCCACAACUGCAAGUACAACGGAGGACUUGUUAG